UUUGGUGGUGCCUUUGGCCAUGGCGCACAGGCAGAGAGGAGAUUAUGGAAGACCCUCGAGCUGGUUCUGUGCAGGCUGGAGUACCUACAGGUCAUUUUUGCUCUUCUUGGCUCUUGUGACUUCGGUGAGCUCAGUAGGUGUUAUUCCACUGGUGAAACUUAUCUUCCCAGGCACUGUUACUUGCCAUCAAAAUAGAAUGACGGUGGAGUUUCCAAGAAAUCUUAAGGAGUGGCACGCUUCUGUGGUGGAUCCCUUAGGUCUUGAAAUGCUGAACUGCACUUAUGACCUGGACCUAGAAAAUUUCAUCCUGAAGGCCCCAUAUGAGACCUGUACCAGGAGAGUGCUUGACCAGUACCAGAUGACCAUCAGACUCACGGACAACAGUGCUUUCAGACAUGAGGCUUCUAUUUAUCAGAUCAGCUGUCCAGUUAUGCAGAAGGAAACUCAUGAGCAUUCAGGAUCCACAAUGUGCAUGAAGGACUUCAUGUCUUUUACCUUUAACAUUUUUCCUGGCAUGGCUGAUGAAAGUACGAAUCCCCAGUCUCAGAUGGGAUGGAUCUUUGAGGUUGGUGAUGGUACAAGAGCCCAAAAUCUGACCAUUCAGGAGGCCUUGACACAAGGAUACAAUCUCCUGAUUGAUGGCCAGAAGAUGAUCAUCCAAGUGUCAUUCAAUGCCACUGGAGUAACUCAGUACGUGGAAGGUAAAAGUCAUCUCUACACAGUGCCUCUGAAGCUCACGCACAUAUCCCUUGGGCAGAAGAUCAUCUUAUCAACACAAGUGAUUUGUAUGUCAGGUCCUGUGACCUGUAAUGCCACACACGUGACUCUCACUAUACCAGAGUUUCCUGGGAAGUUAAAAUCCAUGAGCUUUGAAAAUAAGAACAUUGCAGUGAGUCAACUGCACAACAAUGGGAUUGAUAUAGAAGCAACAAAUGGCUUGAGAUUACACUUCAGCAAAGCUCUUUUCAAAACAAAAUUCUAUGAAAAAUGCCUACCAUAUCAGUUCUACUUGCCUUCACUCAAGCUGACCUUCUACUUUAAACUGGAGAUAGUAUCCAUGGUGAUUUAUCCUGAGUGUAUCUGUGAGUCAUCAGCUUCUAUAGUUACAGGUGACCUGUGUACCCAGGAUGGGUUUAUGGAUGUCAAGGUCUACAGUCACCAAACAAAACCAGCUCUCAACUUGGAUACUCUCAGGGUGGGAGACUCAUCUUGCCAGCCUACCUUCAAGGCUCUGUCUCGGGGGUUGGUAUGGUUUCACAUACCCCUGAAUGGAUGUGGAACAAGACAUAAGUUCAAGGAUGACAAAGUCAUCUAUGAAAACGAAAUACAUGCUCUCUGGGCAGAUCUUCCUCCAAGCACAAUUUCCAGAGAAAGUGAAUUCAGGAUGACAGUGACAUGCUAUUACAGCAGGGAUGACAUGCUAAUAAAAACCAAUGUCAAAAGUUUUCCUCCUCCAGUGGCCUCAGUGAAGCCAGGUCCACUUGCUCUGACUCUGCAAACCUACCCAGAUAACUCUUACCUGCAACCUUAUGGAGAUAAGGAGUACCCUGUGGUGAGAUACCUCCGCCAACCAAUUUACCUGGAAGUGCGAGUCCUAAAUAGGACUGACCCCAACAUCAAGCUGGUCUUAGAUGACUGCUGGGCAACAGCCACCAUGGAUCCAGCCUCUUUGCCUCAGUGGAAUAUUGUCAUGGAUGGCUGUGAAUACAGCCUGGACAGCCACAGAACCACCUUCCAUCCAGUUGGCUCCUCCGUGACCCAUCCUAAUCACUAUCAGAGGUUUGACGUGAAGACCUUUGCCUUCGUAUCAGAGGCUCAAGUGCUCUCCAGCCUGGUCUAUUUCCACUGCAGCGUUUUGAUCUGCAAUCAACUCUCUCUUGACUCCCCUCUGUGUUCUGUGACUUGCCCUGCCUCAUCCAGACACAGGCGAGCCACAGGGGCCAGUGAUGAAGAGAAAACAAUAGUGAGUCUCCCUGGACCCAUCCUCCUAUUGGCAGAUGGUGCUUCACUCAGAGAUGUGGUGGACUCUAAAGGGUACAGGACUGCAGGACACAUUGCUUUAAAAACUAUGGUUGCUGUGGCUGCCUUAGCAGGUGUUGUGGCAACCCUAGGCCUUGUCGGAUACCUACGCAAGAAAAGAACCAUGAUGUAAAAUCACUGUUUGGAUUUUCAAAUAAAGCAGUUGAAGUAA